AUGACGGUCACAAAGCGUCAAUCCCUGGUCCUUGACACGGCCCGUCAAGCUCUCAAGCAAGCUGAAAGGCUUGUCAGCUAUCUUGAGGAAAACGGCCUGGAGGAGCCAAACUUCACUUCAAACUCCCCUCCUCAUCCCGAGAACAGCGAGUACGAUGAGAUCCGCAUCAGCCUCACUCAGGCAGCCGAGGACCUAACGUUGCUUGCCAAUGGUCCUCUGCAAUGGAUUCGCACUUUCUGCUGCUGUGCCCAUGAUUUGGCCGCCUGGCAGGUUGCCUUGCGCUUCCACUACUUUACCAUUGUGCCGCUGGAUAGACCCAUGUCGGUCAAGGACAUGGCUGCCCAGGCACAAAUGGAUGAAGAUCGUCUGCGUCGGGUCAUGAAAUUCCUCACCACCCAACGCUGCUUCCAGGAAGUGGCUGACGACCAGUUCGAGCACACUGCCCUGUCUGCUUAUAUUGCGAGAAACAAGGACAUUGAGCAAUGUUUCGCUUUCGAGGCCGAUGAAAUGUUCGAGGCAGCUUCACUGACAGCCGCGUCCAUUGAAAAAUCACCAUAUACCUCCAAUGCUGAAGAUAGCGCUUUCAACCUCCGAUUUGGCACUUCCCCCUACAAGUGGUAUGCGGAAAACCCCAAGCGCGGUGCCCGGUUUGCCUCUGCCAUGGCUGGUUAUGUUCAAAUGAACAGAGAUACCACAGAGCUGCGCAACCGAUUCCCCUGGGCCGAUCUCGCAAACAAGAAAGUGGUCGACGUGGGCGGAGGUAGUGGGCAUAUCUCCAUCUUCCUUGCGACUGAAUUCCCCGAACUGAACUUUGUCGUACAAGACGUCAAUACUGUCAUGCUUGAGGAGGGCCCCAGAAGAGCGGAUUUCCCUCGUGUCCAGGACCGCGUCUCGUUUAUGCAGUACAGCUUCUACGAGCCACAGCCCGUCACCGAUGCCGGGCUUUUCUUCCUCCGCCAAGUCAUCCACAACUACCCGGAUGACGUCUGUGUCAAGAUCUUCAAGUCCUUCGUUCCGGCUAUGGAGAAAUGUGGCGCGGGCACCAGCUUGCUCAUUAACGACAUGCUUCUGCCCCCGCCCAAUGUAGAGCCCAAAGUCGACGAGCAUCACCUGCGACAAAUUGAUAUCCACAUGCUGGACGGAUAUGCCGCAAAGCAGCGAACACUUGAGGAUUUCGACCAGCUCCUGAAGGAAGCUGAUUCGCGAUUUGAGGUUGUCAAGGUCCAUGGCAAGGGCAUUAUGGGAUUGAUCGAAGUACAGCUUGGCGCGUAA